AUGAAGAAGUUCUUUGGCAACUGGAAUCUAAGGCGUUCUUCCUCUGGCCCCUCCACCAGCCAGAGGGAGUCCUUCCCGAGCCCUGAUGCUAUUGUUCCCCACGCCUUCAGACAGCUCAAAAGCUACAAUGCUUUUGGAAAGAUCCACAAGGCUGCGAGCCGGGGUGCUGCUGUCAUAGUUCAGUGCAGACUCAUGCUUGAAAGAAAUGGUGUCAAUGACCGAGACAAGAAUGACAGAACGAUGUUACACUAUGCCUGUGCACAUGGCCAUCCCAUGGUAGCUGCCCUCCUAAUAGAGUGGAAUUGUGACAUUGAUCUCCGUGACAGUGACAACUGCACAGCACUAAUUAAGGUAGACAUCACCCAACAGUUUCAGUGUGACAUGGAUUUGAUGGGAAUUCUGGGAAUAAAAAUGAUCUCAGCUAAAUGCAAAUGUGGUGCUGAUCCAAAUGCCAAGGACAACCAUGGGAACACGGCUCUGCACUAUGCUGUUUGGCAUAACAAAACUUCAAUGGUAAACAUACUGCUGGAACACAAUGCUGACAUCUGUAUAAGGAACAAGGAUAAUUUUACACCAUAUACUCUGGCUCGAUUAAGAAACAACGAAAGCCUGGCAAAGUUUUUAGUGGACAAGAGAAACCAGAUACUAAAAUUAGCUGAUGAACUAAAGAGACUGAAAUGUGAACCUGAACCUCCAACAGAAGAUUCAGAACAGCCUCAGGUAAACUUGGAUGGUACCAGUUUGAUCAGUGAAGAAGCUGAUAAGCAGAAAGUCAUCAGGUUACAAUCAGUACAAAAGCUAAAUGACAGUUCGGUGCAUUCAUCAGAAGACCAGAAUCAAAGGGUGGUUCGUGCUUCCGACAAUGGAAAUCACAGUGCAAUUCAUGUAUCACAAAACCUGAAUCGCAGUUUGGCGUGCACAUCAGCAAAUGAGAGUCAAACUGAGGUGCCUAAAAACCUGAUGAACAGUGUGGUGCAUGAAGCACAAAAGCCGAAUCGCAGUGCUGCAGCCCGAGUUCUUCAAAAACAGCAUGGAAAAACUAAAGAGCAACCUGUUCCUGUUGAGGAGAAUCGACAAGAGGAUGGACUGAAACAUGGCAACCCGAAGACAAAAGUUGAAUCAGAAUAUUCAAUAGAAGAUUCAGAAGAGCCUCGGGCGAUCAUGGAUAAAAUACUUUUGGUCAGUGAAGAAGCUGAUAAGCAGAAAGUCAUCAGGUUGCAAUCAGCAGAAAAGCUGAAUGACCGUUGGGCGUAUGCAACCAACCAGAUUCAAAGGGUGGUUCAUGCUUCUGAUAAUGGAAAUCACAGUGCAAUUCAUGUAUCACAAAACCUGAAUCGCAGUUUGGCGUGCACAUCAGCAAAUGAGAGUCAAACUGAGGUGCCUAAAAACCUGAUGAACAGUGUGGUGCAUGAAGCACAAAAGCCGAAUCGCAGUGCUGCAGCCCUAGUUCUUCAAAAACAGCAUGGAAAAACUAAACAGCAACCUGUUCCUGUUGAGGAGAAUCGACAAGAGGAUGGACUGAAACAUCCCAACCGGAAGACAAAAGUUGAAUUGGAAUAUUCAAUAGAAGAUCCAAAAGAGCUUCAGAAGGCCGUAGAGGAAAUACUUUUGAUCAGUGAAGAAGCUGAUAAGCAGAAAGUCAUCAGGUUACAAUCAGCAGAAAAGCUGAAUGACCGUUGGGUGCAUGCAUCAGAAGACCAGAAUCAAAGGGUGGUUCGUGCUACCGAAAAUGGAAAUCACAGUGCAAUUCAUGUAUCACAAAACCUGAAUCGCAGUUUGGCGUGCACAUCAGCAAAUGAGAGUCAAACUGAGGUGCCUAAAAACCUGAUGAACAGUGUGGUGCAUGAAGCAGAAAAGCCGAAUCGCAGUGCUGCAGCCCGAGUUCUUCAAAAACAGCAUGAAAAAACUAAAAACCAACCUGUUCCUGUUGAGGAGAAUCGACAAGAGGAUGGACUGAAACGUGGCAACCGGAAGACAAAAGUUGAAUCGGAAUAUUCAAUUAGAAGAUCCAGAAGAGCUUCAGAAGGCAUAGAGGAAAUACUUUUGGUCAGUGAAGAAGCUGAUAAGCAGAAAGUCAUCAGGUUGCAAUCAGCAGAAAAGCUGAAUGACCGUUGGGCAUAUGCAACCAACCAGAUUCAAAGGUUGGUUCGUGCUACCGAAAAUGGAAAUCACAGUGCAAUUCAUGUAUCACAAAACCUGAAUCGCAGUUUGGCGUGCACAUCAGCAAAUGAGAGUCAAACUGAGGUGCCUGAAAGCCUCAUGAACAGUGUGGUGCAUGAAGCAGAAAAGCCGAAUCGCAGUGCUGCAGCCGUAGUUCUUCAAAAACAGCAUGGAAAAACUAAACAGCAACCUGUUCCUGUUGAGGAGAAUCGACAAGAGGAUGGACUGAAACGUCCCAACCGGAAGACAAAAGUUGAAUUGGAAUAUUCAUUAGAAGAUCCAGAAGAGCUUCAGAAGGCCGUAGAGGAAAUACUUUUGAUCAGUGAAGAAGCUGAUAAGCAGAAAGUUAUCAGGUUACAAUCAGCAGAAAAGCUGAAUGACCGUUGGGUGCAUGCAUCAGAAGACCAGAAUCGAAGGGUGGUUCGUGCUACUGAAAAUGGAAAUCACAGUGCAAUUCAUGUAUCACAAAACCUGAAUCGCAGUUUGGCGUGCACAUCAGCAAAUGAGAGUCAAACUGAGGUGCCUAAAAACCUGAUGAACAGUGUGGUGCAUGAAGCACAAAAGCCGAAUCGCAGUGCUGCAGCCCGAGUUCUUCAAAAACAGCAUGGAAAAACUAAAGAGCAACCUGUUCCUGUUGAGGAGAAUCGACAAGAGGAUGGAAUGAAACGUGGCAACCGGAAGACAAAAGUUGAAUCGGAAUAUUCAUUAGAAGAUCCAGAAGAGCUUCAGAAGGCCAUAGAGGAAAUACUUUUGGACAUUGAAGAAGCUGAUAAGCAGAAAGUCAUCAGGUUGCAAUCAGCAGAAAAGCUGAAUGACCGUUGGGUGCAUGCAUCAGAAGACCAGAAUCAAAGGGUGGUUCGUGCUUCUGAAAAUGGAAAUCACAGUGCAAUUCAUGUAUCACAAAAUCUGAAUCGCAGUUUGGCGUGCACAUCAGCAAAUGAGAGUCAAACUGAGGUGCCUAAAAACCUGAUGAACAGUGUGGUGCAUGAAGCACAAAAGCCGAAUCGCAGUGCUGCAGCCCGAGUUCUUCAAAAACAGCAUGGAAAAACUAAAGAGCAACCUGUUCCUGUUGAGGAGAAUCGACAAGAGGAUGGAAUGAAACGUGGCAACCGGAAGACAAAAGUUGAAUUGGAAUAUUCAUUAGAAGAUCCAGAAGAGCUUCAGAAGGCCAUAGAGGAAAUACUUUUGGACAUUGAAGAAGCUGAUAAGCAGAAAGUCAUCAGGUUGCAAUCAGCAGAAAAGCUGAAUGACCGUUGGGUGCAUGCAUCAGAAGACCAGAAUCAAAGGGUGGUUCGUGCUUCUGAAAAUGGAAAUCACAGUGCAAUUCAUGUAUCACAAAACCUGAAUCGCAGUUUGGCGUGCACAUCAGCAAAUGAGAGUCAAACUGAGGUGCCUAAAAACCUGAUGAACAGUGUGGUGCAUGAAGCACAAAAGCGGAAUCGCAGUGCUGCAGCCCGAGUUCUUCAAAAACAGCAUGGAAAAACUAAAGAGCAACCUGUUCCUGUUGAGGAGAAUCGACAAGAGGAUGGACUGAAACGUGGCAACCAGAAGACAAAAGUUGAAUCGGAAUAUUCAUUAGAAGAUCCAGAAGAGCUUCAGAAGGCCAUAGAGGAAAUACUUUUGGACAUUGAAGAAGCUGAUAAGCAGAAAGUCAUCAGGUUGCAAUCAGCAGAAAAGCUGAAUGACCGUUGGGUGCAUGCAUCAGAAGACCAGAAUCAAAGGGUGGUUCGUGCUUCCGAAAAUGGAAAUCACAGUGCAAUUCAUGUAUCACAAAACCUGAAUCGCAGUUUGUCGUGCAUAUCAGCAAAUGAGAGUCAAACUGAGGUGCCUAAAAACCUGAUGAACAGUGUGGUGCAUGAAGCACAAAAGACGAAUCACAGUGCUGCAGCCCUAGUUCUUCAAAAACAGCAUGGAAAAACUAAAGAGCAACCUGUUCCUGUUGAGGAGAAUCGACAAGAGGAUGGACUGAAACGUCUCAACCAGAAGACAAAAGUUGAAUCAGAAUAUUCAUUAGAAGAUUCAGAAGAUCCUUGGGAGAUCAUGGAUGAUAUACCUUUGGACAUUGAAGAAGCUGAUAAGCAGAAAGUCAUCAGGUUGCAAUCAGCAGAAAAGCUGAAUGACCGUUGGGUGCAUGCAUCAGAAGACCAGAAUCAAAGGGUGGUUCGUGCUUCCGAAAAUGGAAAUCACAGUGCAAUUCAUGUAUCACAAAACCUGAAUCGCAGUUUGGCGUGCACAUCAGCAAAUGAGAGUCAAACUGAGGUGCCUGAAAACCUGAUGAACAGUGUGGUGCAUGAAGCACAAAAGCCAAAUCGCAGUGCUGCAGCCCUAGUUCUUCAAAAACAGCAUGGAAAAACUAAAGAGCAACCUGUUCCUGUUGAGGAGAAUCAACAAGAGGAUGGACUGAAACGUGGCAACCCGAAUAUAAUAGUUAAAUCAGAACAUCCAACAGAAGAUUCAGAACAGCUUCAGGUGAUCUUGGAUGGUACAAGUUUGGUUACUGAAGAAGCUGAUAAGCAGAAAGUCGUCAGGUUGCAAUCAGCAGAAAAGCUGAAUGACAGUUGGGUGCAUGCAUCAGAAGGCCAGAUUCAAAGUGUGGUUCAUCCUUCAGAAAAUGAAAAUUACAAUGCAAUUCAUGUAUCCAAAAACCUGAAUCCCAGUUCAGCAUACACAUUAGAAAAGGCGACUCAAACUGAGGACCCCACAGCUGAAACCGUGAUGAACAGUGUGGUUCAUGAAGCAGAAAAGCCGAAUCGCAGUGCUGCAGCCCUAGGUCUUCAAAAACAGCAUGGAAAAACUAAAAAGCAACCUGUACCUGUUGAGGAGAAUCAACAAGAGGAUCGACUGAAGCAAGACAACCCGAAGAUAAAAGUUGAAUCGGAACAUCCAACACAGGAUUCAGAACAGCUUCAGGUGAUCUUGGAUAGUACAAGUUUGGUCAGUGAAGAAGCUGAUAAGCAGAAAGUCAUCAGGUUGCAAUCAGCAGAAAAGCUGAAUGACCGUUGGGUGCAUGCAUCAGAAGACCAGAUUCAAAGGGUGGUUCGUGCUUCAGAAAAUGGAAAUCACAGUGCAAUUCAUGUAUCAGAAAACCUGAAUCCCAGUUCAGCAUACACAUUAGAAAAGGCGACUCAAACUGAGGACCCCGCAUACACAUUAGAAAAGGCGACUCAAACUGAGGACCCUGCAGCUAAAACCGUGAUGAACAGUGUGGUGCAUGAAGCAGAAAAGCCGAAUCGCAGUGCUGCAGCCCUAGUUCUUCAAAAACAGCAUGGAAAAACUAAAAAGCAACCUGUUCCUGUUGAGGAGAAUCAACAAGAGGAUGGACUGAAGCAAGACAACCCGAAGAGAAAAGUUGAAUCGGAACAUCCAACACAGGAUUCAGAACAGCUUCAGGUGAUCUUGGAUAGUACGAGUUUGGUCAGUGAAGAAGCUGAUAAGCAGAAAGUCAUCAGGUUACAAUCAGCAGAAAAGCUGAAUGACCGUUGGGUGCAUGCAUCAGAAGAUCAGAUUCAAAGGGUGGUUCGUGCUUCAGAAAAUGGAAAUCACAGUGCAAUUCAUGUAUCAGAAAACCUGAAUCCCAGUUCAGCAUACACAUUAGAAAAGGCGACUCAAACUGAGGACCCCGCAUACACACUAGAAAAGGCGACUCAAACUGAGGACCCUGCAGCUAAAACCGUGAUGAACAGUGUGGUGCAUGAAGCAGAAAAGCCGAAUCGCAGUGCUGCAGCCCUAGUUCUUCAAAAACAGCAUGGAAAAACUAAAAAGCAACCUGUUCCUGUUGAGGAGAAUCAACAAGAGGAUGGACUGAAGCAAGACAACCCGAAGAGAAAAGUUGAAUCGGAACAUCCAACACAGGAUUCAGAACAGCUUCAGGUGAUCUUGGAUAGUACGAGUUUGGUCAGUGAAGAAGCUGAUAAGCAGAAAGUCAUCAGGUUACAAUCAGCAGAAAAGCUGAAUGACCGUUGGGUGCAUGCAUCAGAAGAUCAGAUUCAAAGGGUGGUUCGUGCUUCAGAAAAUGGAAAUCACAGUGCAAUUCAUGUAUCAGAAAACCUGAAUCCCAGUUCAGCAUACACAUUAGAAAAGGCGACUCAAACUGAGGACCCCGCAUACACACUAGAAAAGGCGACUCAAACUGAGGACCCUGCAGCUAAAACCGUGAUGAACAGUGUGGUGCAUGAAGCAGAAAAGCCGAAUCGCAGUGCUGCAGCCCUAGUUCUUCAAAAACAGCAUGGAAAAACUAAAAAGCAACCUGUUCCUGUUGAGGAGAAUCAACAAGAGGAUGGACUGAAGCAAGACAACCCGAAGAGAAAAGUUGAAUCGGAACAUCCAACACAGGAUUCAGAACAGCUUCAGGUGAUCUUGGAUAGUACGAGUUUGGUCAGUGAAGAAGCUGAUAAGCAGAAAGUCAUCAGGUUACAAUCAGCAGAAAAGCUGAAUGACCGUUGGGUGCAUGCAUCAGAAGACCAGAUUCAAAGGGUGGUUCGUGCUUCAGAAAAUGGAAAUCACAGUGCAAUUCAUGUAUCAGAAAACCUGAAUCCCAGUUCAGCAUACACAUUAGAAAAGGCGACUCAAACUGAGGACCCCGCAUACACAUUAGAAAAGGCGACUCAAACUGAGGACCCCGCAGCUAAAACCGUGAUGAACAGUGUGGUUCAUGAAGCAGAAAAACCGAAUCGCAGUGCUGCAGCCCUAGGUCUUCAAAAACAGCAUGGAAAAACUGAAGAGCAACCGGUUCCUGUUGAGGAGAAUCGAGAAGAUAAUGGGUCUAUAAAGAACACUUCAAACAUAAAGGACAAGAUCAAUGAAGAAGUAAUUCACAUGUCUGACUCUGAUGAAGCAAGCCUACUAUGUGAGAGCAAGUCAGAGGACCAUGAGACAGUCGAUUAUGACACUAUCUUAGACCUGGUUGAACAACUGAGGAGGCAGAGCAAAGAUUCUGCCAUCCUACAUAAGAUCUGGUUUGCAAUUUCCUCAUAUAAAAUAUCAAUGAAACGUCAAAAGCGUAAAUUUGAACAUGUUUCUAAGAAAACUAGAAAUGUUAAAGAUCAUGUUAGUUUACUUAAAAAGAACCUUGCAGUGUCAAAAGAAACAAUAAUAGAGCUAGAAGUUUCGAAGGUUCGACUGCAGGGAGAACAGUCUACUGUGAGACUUGAACAUGAAAAUUCAAAUUUAGAAGCUAGACUAAGACAAAAUGCAGGGGAAAAUGAACAACUUCAGAAAAAGUCAUCUGAAAAAUAUGAGAAGUAUAUUGAUUCAAAUAAAUUCCUGAAGUGUAGAUUGGAGGAAGAACAGAAGAAAAAAAAGAAAUAUACAAAAUUGCUAAGCAGGUAUACCAAGAAAUAUAUCAUAGCCAUCCACCUCUUCCCCACCUCUAGCUCCUUCUGUACACCUCCAACAUGUCCUAUCCACCACCUCAAGGUUUAA